AUGCCGGCCUCCGUGACGCAGAAGCCCGCCGGCGGCGUGGCCAAGCCGCCGGCGCCGGGCCGCUCCUACUUUUUCGGCGAGUUCGAGCACCACGUGUCGACGGCGGCGCUGUCCACGGAUGGCGGCUCGCAGGCCAGCGACGGCAGCUCGACCGACGUCGGAGUCUGCCUGGACGACUCGGCCAGCGACAUCAGCCAGGACUCGCUGGUCACCUCCGACUCGGCCCCGCGCGCCGACCCGCCGGACUCGGGCGAGCUCGCCCUGCGCCGCCGCGACGCGCCGCCGCCGUCCGAUGCCGGCUUCCACUUCCAUCUGAACGAGAUGGACGGCGGAGAGCCGGCGGGAGACGAGGAGGAGGACAGCUUCGCCGGCCUGCGCGACUUCUUCGUGCCGCCUGACGCGACCAUCCGCAGCGGCCGAGGCACCGUGCGCGGCGUCAAGAACCGCGUGCGCGCCGGCAUCGCCACCUUCCUGCAGGAGAACACGCUGGCCAAGAGCUUCAAGGAGCGUGAGCGAGGCCGCCUGGUGGUCUACAUCACCACCAUGGGCAUCGUGCGCAGCACCUACCAGAAGUGCCUGCGCGUGCGCCAGAUCCUGCGCACGCAGAUGGUGCAGUUCGAGGAGCGCGACCCAUCUUCCUGA